GAGAUCGGCUGUAGCCAUUUAUCUCUGCAUGACCAUGGCAGCAGAAAUCUGACUCCAGAACAGCGAAACGCUCACAUGAGACGUCCCGGGCUGUGAUUGCUUCUCAUCGCGUUCAGGAAGUGAUCCCCACAUAAGCAGGACGGAACGUGACUGCUUACGUAAUAUGCCGAGGCGUGGAGAGACUGAAGAAUUUCCCUCCUCCCUCCCGACAAACUUUGGAAAGGCAAAUGUCAGAAACUUCACACUUGACGACAACGCACAAUAAAAGGUUCAAAGGUACAAAAGGGGCGAACAGGCCAACCAUUAACAUGACCAGCUACGCACUAAGGCGCUCUCUUAACUGGGAUGAAACCGAGUGCCUCAACUAUUACGGGAUGUUGUCUCUACAUGAGGUCUUCGAAAUAGUCGGCUGUCAGCUGACAGAGACGGACAUCGAAGUGCUCUCUUUCCUCUUGAAUGAAACCUGUGUUGGAACACACCCCUUGAACCCUGAGGACUGGACGGUGAAGCCCUUCGAAGACGACCCACCGGAAUUAGGCGUCACACCGAGUCCCAUGCUCCUUACAGUCUGGAGGCGGUUGCAGUCUCAGUGCUCUCAGCACCCUGUGGUACAAGCCUCUUACAAGUCCAAGAAUGGCCUUGAGUUGUUGUUGGAGCUGGAGAGGCAAGGUUACCUCAGCGAUGGAAACCUGGAGCCGCUUCUGCAGCUCCUGAGAGUCCUCACACGUCAUGAUCUCCUGCCCCUAGUGUCCCAUAAGAGAAAGAGAACUGUGUCUCCAGAAAGAAUUGAAAGGCGAUGCGCUGUACAACACAGAGAGUUGUUGUGCACUUCUGGCUUGAGAGGCCCCCAUAGACAGGCAGAAAUGCCCCUCCCUUCCUUCACACAGCAAUUGAGAACAGAGUCUGGAUCGUCUCUGAGGAGGAAGAAGAGGAAGAAGAGGGGCAAUGGCUGGAGUCGCAGGCCCAAGAAAACCAACAAGCAGGACCAUCCCAUGCCUCCACCAACACCGCCUCAGAAAGCGUCAUGCAAUGUCCGCUUAAGGGUCCGAGCCGAAUACCUGGAGCACGAGUCGGCGCUCCGAGACGGCGUCUCGUCGGACAAGCGGCAGCCCCUGGAGCGGCAGUUUGAGUUGUUCAGCCAGGCCAACUCGCUGCUGCGCGCCAGAGACCUGGGAUCCAUCGUGUGCGACAUCAAGUUCACCGAGCUGGACAACCUGGAGGCCUUCUGGACCGACUAUCUGAGCGGCGCCCUGCUGGAGGCCCUCAAGGGCGUCUUCAUCACAGACUCGUUGAGGGUGGCGGCGGGCUCCGAAGGCCUCCGCCUGCUCAUCAGCGUGGACCAGGACGACUACGAGAAAGGCUGGCGGGUGCUGAGGGCCAGGAAGAUGCGCUCUUCCAGUACCGGAGGGCACAAAAACAAACACCGUGAGACGGUGGGAUAUGAGCUGACUUAGUUGAUAUAAAUGGAACACUAAUGGAAGCUGGAGGGAGGUGAUGCAAUGCCGUUAGCCACCACAAGAUGGCAGAAACUACCACUUGUUUGUUCCAGUCUUGGACACUCCCUGCAAACUAACUAUAUUCUUUUAAGUUCUCACCCAGGUGCUAGGAAAUGCCAAAAGACAUAAAGACAGUGACUGUGAGAGCAGGACCAACAAGGAGACUCCGUGGUAAGCCCCUUUCAAUAUAUUAAAUAUGAAUUCAGGAGGGGAUUCAAAGGUGCUCCUUGAUGAAUUACAAAUCUUGUUUGCCAUCAAGUUACUCAGGAUUUAUUUGGUUAUCUUUUUCUCGUUGCAUUUGACGUCUGUGAUAGAACGGAACAUAGCGCCUUAACUUUGGUUAAACCCGGUGUGCGCUCUACGCUUAAAGAUAACCCGUUUAGGAAGAUAACCCAGCAUGCGAUUGCUGCGAUCAGUAGGCCAUGAAGGCGCCAUCGCGCCUUCAUCUACUACAGCCCAGAUAAUGCAAAGGCCUGGUGGCCCAGCAGGUAAAAGCGCAGACAAGACAGUGUGUCGCUCAAUACCAGUGCUGUCCAGGAGAUCAAAAUCCAAAGUGCAUACAUCCUGGCUGCGCUCAUCCCUGCCCGACUUGUCUAGUCACCCUGCUGGAACUAAUGCCCGGACUUCACUGGGAGAAGACGAUCAAUAAGGACUCCAACAGAAACCACUAAAGCUGCGUGGUCUGAGCUACAGAGGUGGUGGUGGUGUAAACAUAGGUCGUUAUUUUGAGAUAAAAUGUCUGUUAAAGAAGUUUUUUGUUUGAAUAAUUGUUUUUUGUUGUGGUCAACUAUAUUGGGAAACAUGUAUCAACGGUGAUAUUAAUAUUAUUACUAUUAAAGGUGUGUUAGACCAAUCAUG